CGACACGCAAGAUUUGUACAUACAGUAGUACCACGGGCGGGUGAUUCGCGAUGGCGACGUCAUGGUUCAGUACGAAGGUGAACUUGUCCACGAUCGUGUCCCAAGGCUUGGAGCAUGUGACUAAGCUCAAGGACGAUGUCGAGAAGCAGUUUGACGAGGCCGUGUCUGGCAAGGGCACGACUAAGCUUCCACUAGUGCCCAGUACAUCAUCAGCGGCUGUGGAGCAACAACCUUUGCCGCCAAGCUUGUUUCAAGAGAGCGUGCCGUCAACUGCCACACCGUUGGUUGAUCUAGCUCCAUCUCCAGCGCCGUCCCAAAGCGGAGAAUCUCCACCACCACCUGCGAGUGAGCACAUCAACCACGAAGCCGAACAAACUUCAGAAGAUGAAGUUCUGCCAGGUCACAACGACGCGCCAGUUCCUCAUGCUUCUGGUGCAUCGAAUGAGCUGCAGACUACUGAUUCGACACGACCUUCCACGUCGUCGGAAGGCGCCGACACUUCGCCAAUUCUCUGUAUUCUCGCUCCAUCAACGAUUGACCAGUCGUCCGAACCUGCUUCACAGCUCCUUCUUUUGGAAUCAAACUCACCACAGGAAUCGUCGCCGUUGUUGGCACCAUCGCCUUCUUCGCUGCCUUCCCACACCAACGAUGCGACCGCCUCCGACGCAUCUGGAUGGCACACAUCCCUUGACGAGAUGCAACCAGACGCCGCUGAAAAUGCAGCGCUCCUCGCCAUCGUCCAGGCUAUUCCACCCAACCCAGCCAACACAUCCGAGGCCACCUCUACUACUGCUGAACCUCCCAGCCAUGUUGGCUUCGACGUUCCACCCUCGGAUUCUGCUACUACCACCGCCACGCCAUCAGUCGAAUCCUCGUCACCAUGUGACAAUACCAUUCCUCCUACUCUGUCAUCUGUGGCUGAGAAAGUUGCUCUGCCACUCGAAGCCUCGUUGUUUCUGCAAAAAGAACUGGCGCACGUACAGUCUGAACUCCGCAAGACCCAAACGGUGCUAAGCGAGCGGGAGAACCAGCUCCUGUCGUCGUCUGCUGCCAUGUCGAAAUUGCAUGAAGAGCUCGAAUCGAUGCGGAAUCAUGUUUCGCCUACACCUGCUGCCACGACUACCAACGACGCGGCGGUUAUCUAUGCGUUGCAAGUGGCUUUGGCCGACAAAGAAAUGCAGCUCAGCAACUUGCUUGAGGAAGGCGAGGCGUUGUCCAAGAAGCAAGCGGCGUUCGAGUCGCGGCUCCGUGCCCUUCGCAAGGAAAAGACGGACGUCAUGGACGAGAACAAGAAGCUCACGGCGGCCCUGGAGACGGCCACGGCCAAGUGGGAAACCGCGCGCAUGCAUCUGGUCACGGCGGAAGAAGACGCCAAGUUGCACGCUCAGUUGCUCAAGUCUCUCGACGCCACGGACGCCCAGUUGCAGGCUUCGGAAGCAACAUUGGCAGCAACCAAGCAACGCCUGGCCACCGCAGAAUGCCACGUGGAGGAACUCGUGGCUGAGAACGACGCGCUCAAGGCGCGCACCCAGCUCGAAGCCGUGCAAGAUCGCGAGGCACUGGAAGCUACGAUAGCAGAAUUGCAAGCCAGCGUGACCCGCGUGGAAGCCGAAGCGUCGGCGCGCGAAGACCAGGCGCGGCUGGCGCUGCAUGCGAUGAAGCAGCGAUGGCAGGAGGCUGUGACGAGGAUGGAUCACCUGACGCACACCACGAGCGACGCAACGCAGCCUCUGCUUCGACAGCUCCAAUUGGUGCAGGAAGAGCAGCGCGUGCAGGAGUUGCGGCGCAUAUCGUUUGAGACGGAUAUGCAGGAACGGGUGGACACCGCCGCUCGUGACGUGGCAGCGUUGCAGGCACAGCUAGCCGACGAAACGAGCCGGGCGCGAGACGCGACCACCCAAGCGUCGGCGCUGGCCGAACAAGUCCAGGCGUUGCUGGCAAACUUGGAUGCGGAGAAACGUACAGUGGAAACACUCCGGCAGCAAUUGGAAACGGACGGGCAUCGACGGCAGCAACUGGAGCAGCAACUGGAGGCCCUGAGCGAUGAAAACCGACAAAUUGCGACACGGCUGCGGUUGGAGCAGGACCAACACGAACUCCAAGUAACGCAGCUCCAUCAACAGGAGGCCCAGCGCGCACAGGAAGUGACGACGUUGCGUCAGAAACUCUGCGACGUGGUUAGUAAUUCCAUGGUACGUCGGCCAAGUGGUGGCUCAAGCUCCAUUCUCCCCACCAGCCCAUUGUUGGAUGUGCCAUCCCCCGCUUUCCAACCAGAUCCGCAGCACACGACGACGUCUUCGAUCGGGCACUUGGAGCGCAAGCCGUCGGGGGACGUGAUCGAGGACAUGUCCAUGAUAGAAUGGAACCAGUUGCUGCAAAAGGUUCGGUUGCGGGAAAGUGAGACAGCGUUACUCAAGCACCAGCUCCACACGGUCGAAGACGCGCGAAAGAGCGCGAGUGACGACGUCGUGCGCCUGUCGACGAGGAAUGCUGCGCUGGAAGCCGCGGCGGCGGACUUGGCGGUCACGAAAGCCGCGCUCGCGGCCAUGGAGGUCAAGCAACACGUGCUGCUUGAGCUCUUGGGCGAAAAAGACGAACAGGUCGAAGAGCUCGAGUCCGAAUUCAGAGAGUUCAAGCAAAUGUACCAAAACCAAAUCGACACCCUCACGCGACGUUGAUCGUAGUUGUUGAAAUGCCAUUAACUACUAAAGACCUACUAACGUUACGAAGUAACCUUAGUAAUACUACGUAGUACUUGACACCGAAC